UCGGCUUGUUGAAUUCUUCCAUUUUCUCCGGGGAUCGCAUCAUGUCUCACCGAAAAUUCAGUGCUCCCCGUCACGGGUCCAUGGGGUUCUACCCCAAGAAGAGGUCGCAGCGUCAUCGUGGUAAGGUAAAGGCCUUCCCCAAGGAUGACCCAAGCAAACCAGUCCACCUGACUGCCUUCAUUGGGUACAAAGCUGGUAUGACCCAUGUUGUUCGUGAAGCAGAUCGUCCUGGUUCAAAGGUGAACAAGAAAGAAAUUGUGGAGGCAGUAACGAUCCUGGAGACUCCACCGAUGGUGGUGGUGGGUGUGGUUGGAUACAUCGAGACACCCCACGGUCUUCGUGCCCUCACGACUGUCUGGGCCGAGCACCUCUCCGAGGACUGUCGCAGGCGUUUCUACAAGAACUGGUACAAGAGCAAGAAGAAGGCUUUCACGAAGGCUUCGAAGAAGUGGCAGGACGAUCUUGGACGCAAGUCCAUUGAGAAGGAUUUCAAGAAGAUUGUUAAAUACUGCAAAGUCGUCAGAAUUAUUGCUCACACUCAGAUGAAGUUGUUGAGACAACGCCAGAAGAAGGCAAACAUCAUGGAAAUCCAAUUGAACGGUGGUACUAUCGAACAGAAAGUCCAGUGGGCACGUGAACACCUGGAGAAACCAGUCCCAAUCACCAAUGUCUUUGCUCCUGAUGAGAUGAUCGAUGUAAUCGGUGUCACCAAGGGAAAAGGAUACAAAGGUGUUACGUCACGUUGGCACACGAAGAAACUCCCGCGCAAGACUCACAAGGGUUUGAGAAAGGUUGCCUGUAUUGGUGCAUGGCAUCCAAGCAGAGUAUCCUUCACUGUGGCACGUGCUGGUCAAAAGGGUUAUCACCACCGUACCGAGAUGAACAAGAAGAUCUACAGAAUUGGUCAGGGAAUCCACACCAAGGAUGGAAAGGUAAUCAAAAACAACGCCUCAACUGAGUACGAUCUCACCGAGAAAUCCAUCACUCCAAUGGGAGGUUUCCCCCACUAUGGAGAGGUCAACAAUGACUUCAUCAUGAUCAAGGGAUGCUGCAUGGGCCCCAAGAAGCGGGUUAUCACCCUCCGCAAGUCUCUGCUCGUUCACACGAAACGUGCUGCCCUGGAGAAGAUCAACCUCAAGUUCAUCGACACCAGCUCGAAAUUCGGACACGGUCGCUUCCAGACGGCAGCCGACAAGGCCUCCUUCAUGGGACAACUCAAGAAAGACAGAGUUCGAGAGGAACAGGCUCAGGCAGCCUCAGCUGUACCAGCAGCUGCUGCUCAGUAAUUUUCUAUUUGUUGUAUUGAUAGACGAAUAGAGAAUUUCCAUAACGAAA